ACAUAAUGCUUAUGGCGUAGAUUGAGGAUAGAGUAAAUGAGCUAAAACAAGGGGAUAAGUCGGUGAUGGAGUAUGUAGCAGAAUUGCAGCAUUUGUGGGCUGACUUAGACCACUAUGAUCCACUGGAGUUACCACAUUCAGAAUGUAUAGUUGCUACUAAGAAGUGGGUAGAGCGUAGGAGAGUGAUGAAAUUCUUGAAGGGACUUAGCUCAGAAUUUGAAGGAAGGCGUGCUGGGUUGUUUCAUCAGCCAAAGCUUCCCUCGCUUGAGGAGGCAGUUGCAGCAAUGGCACAGGAGGAGGUCAGGUUGAAGUUGACCAUGACUGGAGAAGCGAAUGCAUCUCGCUCAGCAUUUACUGUGUCUGAAUGGAAGGAGACAAGAGAGUGCUUCAACUGUGGAGAGAAAGGUCACAUAAGCAUCAAUUGCACAGCACAACGCAGAGAAAUACGUGGUAGGGGAAGAGGUUACAACCGAGGUGGAUACCGGGGAGUUAGAGGCAGAGGUAACUUGAGGGGUUCGAAUUAUUCCAGUGGCUUCAAAGCAAACUUGGCUAACUUGGCAACGCAAGAAGAAGGGACGUCAACAACCUCUCAAGGGGAGUCGAAGAGUAGAAGCCAGGAGGACAACACCUUCGGGAACUUUGCCCACUUUGUCUACACAGGGGAAGGAGAGGAUGACUGGAAGGAAACUUGGGACAGGAACCAGGCGUAGUGGAUUGUGGUAUAUGGAUCGUGAUGUGUCUAGGUCUGGUGCUAGUCCUAUUUUGGUUGUACUAGUUGGAGUAAGUGAGACAAUGGCGAUGAUCCAUCACUGUCGCAUGGGGCAUAUGGCUUUUGAUAAGAUGAGUAAGAUGUUUCC